AUGUCUUCUGUGUACAAGCGGCAACGUACAACAUCCGAGUAUGAGGAGCUCAGCGUGUCGGCUUUUGUUGAGAGCUGCAUCAACUUCAAGACAAACCUGAGCUUCCACACCACAGCCGAGGGAAAGCAAUUGGCGAACGAGGCUAUGCGGAGUACCCCACAGCAGCCCAAUAUUGUACUGCUUUUGGGCAACGAGAAGCAACUGCAGGACAAAAAGGCGCUGAGCAGCUUCUUCCCGUACUACAGCAAUGCGGUGGCGUCGGCAAUUAACGUCGCUGCUACCGGCCAAAACUAUGUGGCUGAGAUUACGCCACAUGCACGUAUUCUUGUUGGUAUGGUCCCCACCAAGGCGUCUCGUCACAAUUGCCCCUCACGACCAGACGUGGUUUCCACACUGGUUAAGGAUGCCAUUACUCAGGCCCGUCGUGUGGAUGGAGAGAAUUCCUCUUUCAGGUUUGUUGACAUUUAUUGCUGCGAGUCGGAAAACGAACUUUGUAUCGCCACAGUCGUCGCACGUAGCGCAAAUCGCAGCUUCUCGGCGAAACGCGGCCGUGCAGAGAAUGGGUAUGUGGAAGCUGGUCUUCCGGUCCGCGUGUUUUUUGCGCCAAACACUACGAAGCUCACUUUGACAGAGGCUGAGAACACCUUUGCGUGUGGAAGCCGUCAUGCGCUGGAAGUGGCAGCGCUGGUGGUGCAGUUAUGUCAACGGCUCGUGGAUGCCCCAACGAAUCUGCUUGAUACCACCACUUUUACAGAAAUUGCUUCAGGUCACUUGGAAAAACUGAGGGCCCAGGGAAGAAACGUUUCCAUUGAUAUUAUCGGUGGGGAGGAAUUGCGCGAAAAGGGGUACGGUGGGCUCUACGGUGUUGGCAAGGCGGCAGAGUUUCCCCCGCACCUUGUUACCCUUUCGUACCAUCCGUCCAAUGUCGUUGACCCACAAGAGAAGUUGGCGUUUGUUGGAAAGGGCAUUGUGUACGACACGGGUGGUUUAUCCAUCAAGACAUCAGGUGGUAUGUGCAACAUGAAGCAUGAUAUGGGGGGCGCGGCGGCUGUCUUUUGUGGAUUUAUUGGACUUGCUAUGCUUGAGGUGCCCCAUAUGAUCUCCUCCUUGUUGUGUCUGGCUGACAAUGCCGUGGGGCCACGCUCCCAGCGUAAUGAUGACAUUAUUCGCAUGAAGUCUGGUCGCACGGUUGAAGUCAACAAUACCGAUGCAGAAGGGCGACUCGUUCUGGGUGAUGGCGUCUAUCAUGCCUCCGCAUUGUUGUCCUACACCCCCAACAUUAUCGUCGACAUGGCUACCCUGACAGGGGCACAGGGCGUCGCGACAGGUCGCGCUCAUGCCGCCCUCUAUGCAAAUAACGAAGAAAUCGAGAACCGUAUUUUAAGGGCGAGUCGCAUAUGUGGCGAUCUGUGCUUCCCAAUUUUACAUUGCCCAGAGUUUCACUCUUCCGAGUUCACUAGCAACAUCGCUGAUAGUCGCAACAGUGUGGCAAACCGGGGAAACGCCACCGCAAGCUGUGCAGCAUAUUUUAUUGGCACUCAUAUCGAUGCCAAAUACAAAGGCAGCUGGGCUCACAUUGACAUGGCGUCACCAGUUUCACGCGAAGAGGCUACUGGAUUUGGUGUGGCACUUCUGCUACAGACGUUUGCCCCGUCAUUUAACAGUUCCGUAGGACUAUGA